AUGCAGCUGCCGCAAGCCUCGCCCCCAUCCGCCUCGGGCCUCACCACCCCUCGCGCCCGCCGCGUCACCCCGGCCACCUCGUCCUCGUCCCUCUCCUCGUCCACCCGCCCGCCGCCCAAGGCCGACGGCGACGACACCGACUCGCACAAGCACCUGAGCCCAACCACGGCCCGUCCACGCUCGCGCAUCCUGUCGGCCGCCUCGUCGACCGCCUCGUCGACACGGUCGCUCUCGCGCAGCCUGUCGCGCUCGACCUCGAUCCAGGCCACGGCGACGAGCAGCACCGACACGGCGCGCCCUGCGUCGCGCACGCUCGGCCCUCCAAGGGCCGACACGACGCCGCGCAAACCCGCCGCGACCGCCUCGCUCGGCGUCGGCCGCCCGCCCGCCCUGUCCGCCUCGUCGUCGUCCUUGGUCGCGCCCGAAGCCCACACGCCGCGCCGCACGACGCCCCGCCGCCGCUCGUCGGCUGCCUCGGCGUCGACUGCAGCCUCGGUGCGCAGCGUCUCGGGCGCAAGUGCGGCGAGCGCCCGGUCCCUCUCGGCCUCGCAGCGCACGCCGCUGCGCUCGUCGACGCGGCACGGCGCAGGACCGCCGCCGUCCAGUGUCGCGCCUGGUGCGACAGCGAGGCGCACGGGCGGGGCACUCGCCUCGUCGGCGGCGUCCGGGCCUGCUGCGGCGGGCACUCGGGCGCUCGGCGCAUCGUCGACGGCGUCGGCCAUCCCCGUGCCCGGCGGCCGCACCCUGCGCCGUCCCGAGCUCGGUGCCGCAGGUGGCGGGCUGCGCUCGUCGGCGGCGAGUGCGCUGCGCCGGCCGACGCCGCGCACGGGCUCGAGCGCGCUCGAGGGAGGACCGGGCGCAGGCUCGAGGGCGACGUCCGCUCUGGGGCGCAGCAGCAGGCCGUCAUCGCGCCUCGGUGGGCCGACGACGUCGGCCGGCCAACAAGCGCCGCCGCACAUCGCGCUCUCGCCGCCCGCCGGACCCGACGCGCCGCUCGUCGUCGGCCCGCCCGCCGCGCCCGCUCAACCCGAUCCGCACGCCUACGCGACACCGCGCAAGGGCCCUCUCGCGCCAAGCCCCGCCGACGCGUUCGCGACGCCCGUCGCCGACUCGACCGGCGCGCCCGACGCCUCGUCGGCCCUCUUUGCGCACCCGGCCUUCCUCUCGCCGCUCCCUCCUCCGCCCUCGACGCCCUCGCACCCGCACACCCUGUCGUCGUCGACCGCGACCGCGACCGCGACCUCGAGCACGACCACGGCAGCGGCCGCGACGCCCAAGCACCGCACGCUCCUCGGCCCGACGCGCCGCGCGCGCCCGCGAGAGUCGCUCUCGCUCGAGGAGCUCCUCCGACAGGGCCUCCUCUCGGGCCCGGGCUCGAGCUCGGGUGCAUCAGGCGCAGAGCUCGGCGUCCCCGGCGCAGGUGGGCGCGGCGGACCCGCAGCGCAGUCGGCGGCGGCGGCGGAUGAGUGGGAGCUACUCCUCGACGAGAGCAGCAGCCGGCUCAUGCGCGAGGAGAUGCUCGGCGGGAGCGGGGGCGGAGUUGAUGAGGUCGCCGGACCGGCUUUGGGCGACGGCGCGGGAGGCCCGAGGACGCCCUGGAGGGGACGGGUCGUCAGCCUCGGCAUGUCGGUGCGACGCUCGGGCCCGGCGCUCGGCGCAGGCGUCGGCUCGCCCGGCUCGCCAGCGUCCGAGCGCAGCCUCAUGCUCUCGCCGCCGUCGGCGGCGGCGGCGCAGCGCACGUUGUCGCCUCACGGCGGCGGCGAGGACCGGGUCCUUGUUCUGCGCCAGUCGACGACCGAGGCGUCGGGCCUCCGGCGGCAGCUCGCUGCGCUCCAGGCCGAGCUCGACCUCUUGCGGCGUGCGGCGCCCGGACCUGCGCCGUCCUCGGUCGCGGCCGACGGCGGCCCACCUCGCUCGACCCCGGCGCGCCCGGACGCCGCCGACCUCGCCGCACCCGCCGCCGCCGCCGCGGCCAACGAGCGUCUCGCCGCCCUCGAGAAGGAGCUCGACGCGGCCCGGGCGCGCGAGGACGAGGCGCGCCUCGACUGGGACGCCGAGCGGCGCGAGAUGGAGCUCGAGAUGGCCGAGCUCGCCGCGGCCGCCUCGGCACCGGUCGUCGUGCCCGUCGGCGAGCAGGACGGUGCGGCGGUACGCGCUCGCGAGGUCGAGCUCGAGGUCGAGCUCGCUGCGGAGCGGGCGAGCGCCGCGCGGGCCGCGGCGCAGCGCGAGUGGGACGCGGUCGGGGCGGCGGCGAGGCGCGAGCGGCUCGACGUGCAGGGCGAGCUCGAGGCGCUCAGGGUGCUCAAGGGCGGGCUCGGACUGUGGGUGUAGCGCUCGGUGCGGCAGGGAAUCGAGCGUGGUGUCGAG